GCGCUAAAAUAAUGUCUUGGCUGCCUCGUUUUCUGAUAUUCCGUGGCGGGAUGUAAGCAGCCAUCUUGGAAUUUAUUCUUUUUGGAAGCCGGUUUAUUAAACAACUACAGUUAAAUUAAGUUAUUUCCAGCCUCUAUUCAUCGCUCAAAGUUUUGUUAUGUUGAUGAGUCUAUCAUAUAAAUCUCAAAAUUUACAAUUCGACUGCGAAAUGUGCUAGGUAAGUGUCCAGAUCUUCAAUCUAAUCUGAGUUGUAAUGUGGUCGUAGUUGCGCAAGUAAUGGCGUUUUGAAUGAUGGGCUGAACCUUCUUCGAUGUUUGAGUGUUUAAUGAGGUGUGGAGUGGCGUGAGGGGUGGAGGAGUAAGCGUCGGGAGGUCAGUGGCAGGAGGGAGCAGUUUGACAACCGACCUCAGCCGACACCGACACCUUUCAGCCAUGAAUCUGCCCAGUCGAGCACGUGUCUACUGCGAUGUCAAUUCUCACAAGCCACGAGAGUACUGGGACUACGAAGCUUAUGCAGUCGAUUGGGGGCAACAAGACGACUACCAGCUAGUUAGAAAACUUGGCAGAGGCAAAUACAGUGAAGUAUUUGAAGCCAUAAAUGUAACAAGUAACGAAAAAUGCGUAGUAAAAAUAUUAAAGCCGGUGAAGAAAAAGAAAAUCAAGCGAGAGAUAAAAAUUCUUGAGAACUUGAGAGGUGGCAUGAACAUCAUAACGUUACAAGCGGUUGUGAAGGAUCCAGUCUCGAGAACGCCUGCGCUCAUUUUCGAGCAUGUCAACAACACCGAUUUCAAACAACUGUAUCAAACGUUGAACGACUUCGACAUUCGAUACUAUCUGUACGAGCUGCUAAAGGCACUAGACUACUGUCAUAGCAUGGGCAUCAUGCAUAGGGACGUGAAGCCUCACAAUGUGAUGAUCGAUCAUGAAAACAGAAAGCUGCGGCUGAUAGAUUGGGGUUUGGCUGAGUUCUACCAUCCUGGACAAGAAUACAACGUCCGUGUAGCCUCGCGGUAUUUCAAGGGACCUGAACUCCUCGUAGACUAUCAGAUGUACGAUUACUCGCUAGACAUGUGGUCUCUUGGUUGUAUGCUGGCAAGCAUGAUCUUUAGGAAAGAACCGUUUUUUCAUGGACAUGAUAAUUAUGAUCAGUUAGUUCGCAUUGCUAAAGUGUUGGGAACAGAAGAACUUUACGAAUAUUUAGACAAAUAUCACAUGGAUCUUGAUCCAAGGUUUUCAGAUAUCCUAGGGAGACAUUCGCGGAAAAGGUGGGAGAGAUUUGUACAUAGUGAAAACCAGCAUCUUGUCACCCCAGAAGCUCUUGACUUUUUGGACAAACUAUUACGAUACGAUCAUUAUGAACGUCUUACUGCUCGCGAAGCCAUGGAUCAUCCUUACUUCUAUCCAGUUGUGAAGGAGCAGAAUCGGCUGAACAUAGUAUCUUCGUCUCCUACUCCCAUAGCAGGCCCAGUGCCUGCAGGUGAGUAGCAUGCCAGGAGGAACAGCAGCAGUGAGUAGCAGUGCUGGUGUUGGUCCGAGCGUAGCUCCCGGCGUAGGAGUGAUCGCCACGCCUCAAUCAACGCAAUGAACUGUCUAUUGUAUAUUCCAACAAUUGGAAAGUGUUGUUUGCAGACUCGCUUAAGUGUGUUUGUCCACCAUUCGAAAUAACGGUAGGCCUCCUCUGUUCUGCGAACAUUAAUUUUGUAUUGGACUUGAACUGUUAAUGCAUUAUAUUGUAUGUUUAAGACGUCUAUUAAGCGUAUUAUAUAAACUUUUAAUAUGGUCUUAGGAAUUCAGUAAGCAUAAAAAUAUUGGAAACGAAAAUCCGUUGUGUGUUGAAUUCAUUAGAAAACUGGCAGCCUAUUUGUUGAAGACCAUUAUUAAACAUUCUCACCUUAUUAUAAUAGAAAUAUUAUAAUGUAAGAGAAAAAUGACAAAAUUAUUAAACUUAUUCCUUGACUGAACAUGCAUUAUUCUUCUUACUUGCAUUGGUUUUUAUGAGUGAUAUUUUACAACCUUCAAGUUUAGUUGGAUAACUUUAGCACAUCAGAAAAUGAAUAGCUAUUGAGGUAUUGUGUCGUUAUUCGGUCAUUUCAACAAAAAGACUAGAUUUUGCUCAGGUUCAAUUAUUCACAAUACCGAUUAGUUAACUAUUCCGAAUGCUGUCGUUUCAUUCUCAAUCUACCAAUUUAUCUCUACACUAUUUCACCAAUCAUUUCAAGUUAUACCGUAUAAUCUGAUAAGAUUGUUAUCUUUGAUCUGCUGUAAAUUGCUAAAGAAAUCCCAUUUUAAAAAUGAAACUUGUAAAUUGACUUCUAAUAACGAUAAAAGUUCAUUUGAAAUUUGUAAACUGUGCGAUAGAUUAGAAACGUAAUUUGAUUGUACUGCUACUACUACAUUGUUUGAACUUUAUUAAAUAAUUUUAUUUAUUAUUUUAUUUUAAACGGAAUAUAAGCACUGUGCUUCUCACUCUGUCAAGGAAAACUGUGACUUGUUUAUAUUGAAGAUUUUCUUUUUGUACCAUUAACGUUCAAAUUCACAAUUCAAUGAAAGUUGUUAAUUUCUAAAAUUAUAUAUGUUUAGCUUAGUGUAUCACAUGAAUGUUAGCUGUGAUAUGAAACAAUAAAUCCUAUUCUGUUAUUCUGUCAUCUAAAGAUGUUUUCAAAUUUUUGAAAAACGAAACAAAGUAUGUGUGUGGUUUGAAUACCACUGGAACCCUCUCAGAAGUUUGUUUUAAAAAUUGCUUAGAACACGAAUCUAUUGUUUUCACUAUUGGAUUUGACAAUAAUAGAUUUUAGACAUAUCUAUUCGUCAUAUAUCAGUGAGUGGUAUUGGUAAGUUACAUGCUGCAAAGCGUUAAACCACUUUGAGAUAUCUUGAAAUUUCAAUUAAAAAUUGAAAAAUUAAAUAUUGAAAUCUAAGUACAAUGAAAGAGCUUGUUUUCGAUAGUAGUCCUUCAAUUUAUUUGGUAGUUGAAAUAUUUUUAAAUUUAAUCAAAUAAUCAAUAUUUUUCAUUUGUGGAUAUUCUUUAGACUUGAAAUCAAUUUAUUUCAUAUACCAUUGUAUUCUCAUAGUACAAAUUGUUUAUUGUGAGAUAUUACUAAAAACUGUACUAUUACAUCCUCAAGUAUUUAUUAAAGUUAGGAAAAUAAUUAAUAAAAUUUUCACAUAUUUCGAAUGAAAGAUAAAUCAAUUUUUUAGAUCUGUUGCUGAGCAUGUAGCUGUUUUCUUGAAAACCUAAUUAGUUUCUGCUCCGAUUUCUGCAUUAUUAUUCCACGUCUUUUCUGUUCUUCCAAAGAGAGGUUUCUAUUAUGUUAUUCAUAACAUAAUAUAUUGCAAGAUCUCAACUCCUUUCUCAAGCUUACAGAAAAAUAUUUUUCAUUGAAAUAUUGUAAAAAAAAUCACUUUUAGACCUAUGAUUUUCAAUCUGGGAUUUUCAAACUUAUAACAUUUACAAACUAUCACGCUGGUUGUGCAACAAGUAACCAAACAUUCGGUUCAUUUAUGAAAACCUAAAAAUAUAAUCAACUUUUUUCUUUUAUUUUAUUUUUUUUACCGAUGUUUUAGUACCAGCUUUUAUUUAUAUUGUAUUUGUACAUAUCUUGUUUCAUCAAAACCAUAUUUCUCUUAUAAUAUCAGUCUAAUGAGCAUUGCAGAAUUCUACUCUGGAAAAGUACCUAUAUCUUUUGUAACCAUCAAUAAAUCUUUAGUUCAUUUAAUGAUCUAUGUUUCUCAUGAA